CGUCGUUUCUGGUUGGCAGUCUCUGGUUUGAUCUAGCUUCAGCUUUCAGGUGUGAGCUGUGAAAUUGUGCCGAAGAGAAGCGAGAGAAAGAGAGAGAGAGAGAAUCGAAAGGGAAGAAGAAGAAGGAUGAGUCUGACAUCGACGGCGGCGCACGCUGCUCGGAGGGCGGCGCAAAGAGAGAGGGUCCGGAUCCUCUACAGGCGCGCCCUCAAAGACACCCUCAAUUGGGCCGUCCAUCGUCACCUCUUCUACGAUGACGCAGCUAACCUCCGCGAAAGGUUCGAGCAACACAGACACGUGGAAGACCUUGAUACCAUCGAUCGGAUGAUAGAAGAUGGUGAAGCUACCUACAACAAGUGGCGCCACCCUGAUCCUUAUAUAGUUCCUUGGGCUCCCGGUGGUUCCAAGUUUACUCGCAACCCAACUCCACCCGAGGGGAUUGAGAUAGUUUAUAACUUCGGUCGUGAAGAUAAUGACUGAAAUCAUAAACUUUUUUCUUGUAAUGAAUAAAGAUUGGUCCAACCAUGCUUCUGAAGUUGAAGAAAAUGAAUUCCUGCUGUAUUAGUGCGUCUCCGGUGCCCUCACUAUUCUUGGAACACUGGAUGUACUGAGAUUCUGUUUUAACUCAUCCUUGUGUGAAGGAGUGUCUCUUUAUGGUCAUAAACCUAAAGUAGCAUUUUCUACUGCUGGAUUUGUAUGAAUGCAUAUAUCAAACUGCAAAUUCAAUGCUGACAAUUUUCAUUUGCAUUUCA